UCGCGUUGUAGACGGCAAAGUGAGGAUAAGAGGGCUUUUUGUUAGUUGAUACUUUAUUAAUGCAUAUUGGGGAAGAAAAGUCGAUUAACAUAAAGUAUCAUGUUGACGAUCUUUUGAGAAUGACCGGAGGUUUUGGUCAAUAUCAACUGACUCUGUUUGCUUUAGUUUGUUUGGUUUCAUUUCCCACCGGCGCUCAGCUUUCCAUCCCAGUAUCCUAUGCUAUCUCGCCUUUUUUUAUUUUAUAAAUAAAUAGGCCAAGUUCAACCUCAAACAGAAUUGAUCCUAUAAUAGGAAGGGAGACUUUCUUAAACUACAGAAACUCAUAGUCCGACCGAAUGUCACUCUGCAAGCUGGCGUGAUGUGUAAUGAGUAGUUGUGUCACUCAGUCUUCUUUCCCAUAGAGGGUGUUGAUCUCCAUAAAUAAGAAAGAAAGAAGAAGGCGAAGUUGCCUUUGAAACAUAAUUUGCUAGACCGUGUAAAAUGAUGUUGAGUAAGGAUUUCGAGGUAAACCCGCUACAGUUGGAUGUGAACCACAGUCUUUCUCCAGAGAAGCCGCAGUCUCCUUCAAAGAGGUUGUUUGGUCCCGUCACGCAGCUCUUCUGUUCCUUGCGUUGUGUGAUGGGACUAAAGGCCCAGGCCAGCCGAGCUUGUUGCGUGACCUGGGUACUGUUUACAUUUGGCAAGUCACGUCACUAACACAUGAUGACUGCUUCAAUAUCUGCCACUUUCUCGCCAUAGUUAUUGCGUUCAUAUACAUUCUUUUAGAUCCCUGGGUGCAGACACCAUUCCUUUGAACGAAAUGGAAAUGGAUGAAGUAGAAAAUCCCGAGGAAUCAACUGAGAAUCGAUCUACGAAGGAAAUCAAAAUCCACGAGUUCGAUGACCUUCUCAAAAUAACCGGUGGUUUCGGUCGCUAUCAAAUGGUUCUCUACACUUUUAUGUGUCUGGUUUCUAUUCCUACUGGCGCUCAACUCUUAAUUCAGGUGUUUUACGGCGCUUCGCCUCCCUUCGUCUGUGUUUCGACGUCGAGAAAUGAAACAUGUGCCUCUGGUUGCUGUUCAAGUUGCCAUGAGUAUGAAUUCCGUGGCCCUUUUACCAGCGCUGUCUCUCAAUGGAAUCUAAUCUGCGACCGCCGACACCUGAAAGCCAUGACUCAAGCUGUUUUUAUGGCUGGUCUCUUCGUUGGUGCAAUCACAUUUGGUAGCAUCUCGGAUCACUUUGGAAGGAAGUUCUCAUUCUUCUUGAGCGUUGGAGUUCUGGCUACUUUCGCCUCGGCCUCCGCUGUCGCGGACUGUCUGUCGCUGUUCUCUCUGUUUCGCUUCUUUGCCGGGGCUGGGACCGUUGGUUGUUUAUUGGUGCGGUUCGUGUAUUGUGUGGAAAUGGUUGUCACAGCUCAUCGCUCGUACAUAGGCAUGAUCAACUUCCUCUUUCUAACCGUUGGUGGAUGUUUUCUCGCUUUACUUGCUUAUUUAAUACCAAACUGGCGUUACCUCAUGCUUGCAGUGUCGUUACCAAGCUUCCUCCCCAUCAUCGCCUGGUGGUGGAUACCUCGCUCUCCCCGGUGGCUGAUCGCCAACAAUCACCUUGACGAAGCUCACGAAGUGUUGAUGAAAUACGCUAAGUACAACCACGUGACCGUGGAUUCGAAACACCUAAAACACUUGAUUCAAGAAGUCAGAAAGACCGAUGCAAGAAAGUUUGAAGAUGAGAAAUAUGGAAUUCUUGACACGGUGAAAACUCCAAAGUUACGAAAACGAACCCUGAUAAUGUUCUUUAACUGGUGCGCAAACGCGCUGGUUUUCUAUGGCCUCAACUACAACAUUAGGAAUCUGGCUGGGAAUAUGUACCUGAACUUUUUUCUUCUCCUCGUGGUAGAUUUUCCAUCCACUGCAUUAUGUUGUUAUUGCUUACAAAGGUACGAAAAUGCCUUCCUGAAUCUAAGAUCACGACGUUUCGUGACUUUCCGAAGCGAUGAUUUAUCUUCAAUUGUCUUUUUCUUGUACAGAAACAAUGGCGUUGGACUGUGUUCGAUGAUUGCCAGGAUUGGUGGAAUAGCUGCUUCAUAUGUUGUUUUACUGGCUGACCUUCCAAAUCUGAGAAAAACUUUCCCCUUGUUGAUAUUUGGAGCCUUGUCUGUGGCUGCUGGUGUAAUGGCCUUCUGGCUACCAGAAACUGUGACGAGUGAAAUGCCACAGACCGUGGAACAAGCGGAGGCAUGGGAAGAGGAUUAUAAGAUCUACUGCUGUCGAAAACCUAGAAUCCAGUCUCCUCGCGGUGAAGUAGUGAAAGACGAAGAGGAUACAGCAUUAGUGUAGUUCAUUGUGUAAAUGGAGAAAGCUAAAGAACAUCCGUUUUGAUGAGUUCUUGCGAAUCAUGUUAACGACACAAACUGUUUGCAGUCAGUGGUCUCACAAGGCCACAACACAUGCAUCGCAUUUGUUAUUACUGUAACUCGUCACUUUUUAUCGUCCUCGUGUUUACGUAGACAAUUUUUUUUCUAUUUUCUUACGUUUUACGUUUGUUGUUAGUAUCGGAUGGUUAUGAGAGACCCUUAAUAAAAUCAAGUUCACGCUUUUACAGUUAGGAUAGACUGUCUUACCGAACUACAUUAUUGAUGCAAUUUGGCUAUUCUCCUUACAGCUCCAUGAGAUUGUCUCUAAGCGUAAACUUUAUUAACUUAAUACAAACAUAUACUUAGAAGUGUUGGAGCGGAAAAUUAUCGGAAGUAACAUGGUACCGGUCAAUAUCACCAGUCCACACCGGACUUAUUUCACAUGCACUGGUGAACAUUUUUUGACUCGACAUAGCAGAACACGGUUAGCUGUCAGACACUGGCGUGGUGUGAUUUUCCAUUUUCGACUCGAUUGAAAUAAAACAUUUUCAUUUUUGUUUGAAA